AUGCAGAUUCCGACUGGAGCAAGAACGAGGUCGAUUAUUGACAUGUCUCUUUCCAGCUCAAUAUUUGAGACGCUUGGUGCGAGAAGAAGCGAGACGGACGCGACCCAGCGAAAGGUAUUCGAACGGCCUGUGAUUGACCGUCACCCAUAA